AUGGAAGAUACAAAAAUUAUUUAUCAUAUAGACGAUGAGGACACCCCAUAUCUUGUUAAAAUAUCCGCCCCGUCCGACAAAGUUACUCUCGGGGAUUUUAAAACUGCCUUAAACAGGCCAAGUUACAAAUUCUUUUUUAAAUCCGUUGACGCCGAUUUUGGUGUUGUGAAGGAAGAAAUAACAGAAGAUUCUGCUCAGCUUCCCUGUUUUAAUGGCAAGGUCAUAGCCUGGUUGGUCUCUGCGGAUAGCAGCACAAAAUCUGACAAUCAGUCCGGAGGUGCCGGGGAUGCUACACAUCACACAAAGGCCAUCUUAGGACCAAAAACUGUUGACCAUGGUUUACCUACACGGGCUUCCACUGACGAAUCGAAGGGUGGUCCUAGCAAUGGCAAUGCCAUGGUCAAAAAAGGCGCCGUGGGAAACAGAGAUACACGUGAAGACUGUGAUACCUGCGCUGAAACUGAUUCCAUGUGCAGCGCGGAUCAUCUCCCUCCCCUCAGGAACUUCCAGGACUACAAGCAUGGUUCACGAUUGGGCAAGUAUGGGCAACGAAAUCAAGGAAUUUACGAUACGUCAUCAUCCAUGCUAAGCUCGGAUCUCGAAUCUACCAGCUUUUUCGACUCUGAGGACGAAUCUAGCCGCAGCAUGACUGAUUCCACCAUGUCCCUGAAUAUAGUUACCGUGACGCUAAACAUGGACACGGUGAACUUCUUGGGCAUCUCCAUUGUCGGCCAGUCGAACCGGGCUGGUGAUGGGGGUAUCUACGUGGGGUCCAUCAUGCGUGGUGGCGCAGUUGCCCAGGACGGCCGCAUUGAGCCUGGAGAUAUGCUGCUUGAAGUCAACGGUAUCUCCUUCGAGGACAUGAGCAACGAUGAUGCUGUGCGUGUGCUGCGAGAGCAAGUCCAAAAACCCGGGUAA